AUGGAGAGUGCUGCCGUCCACAGAAACUCUUCAUCAUCUACCAGCUCAGCCAACACGGAGCUCUUGUCCCGGACUGGUUACACAACUCUGGCCGUUAUCAUGGGUGUGUUCUCUGUGGCAGGGAUCGUCCUCAAUGUCGUGGUGAUUGUGGUGACGGUGAAGCACAGACAGCUGAGGCAGCCACUCAGCUAUGCCCUGGUUAACCUGGCUGUUUGUGACCUGGGCUGUGCUGUGUUUGGAGGCCUGCCCACCACAGUAACCAGCGCCAUGGGAUACUUCAACCUGGGACGUGUGGGCUGUGUGUUAGAAGCCUUUGCUGUUUCCUUUUUCGGUAUAGCAAGUCUGUGCACAGUAGCAGUCAUUUCUGUUGAACGCUACGUAGUGGUGUGUUAUCCCAUGGGGGCGGUCCUCUUCCAGACCAGGCAUGCAGUUGCUGGAGUGGUACUGUCCUGGGUGUGGUCAUUUGUGUGGAGCACUCCACCUCUGUUCGGGUGGGGAACCUUUGAGUUGGAGGGUGUCAGAACCUCCUGUGCUCCUAAAUGGCACAGCCGUGAUGUUGGGGACAUGUCCUACAUGAUAAUAUUCUUCUUCCUUUGCUUCGCCUUGCCCUUUUCUGUCGUCAUGGUUUCUUACUCGCGGCUUUUAUGGACUCUCCGCCAGGUGACCAAGCUGCAGGUACCUGAAACAAGUCAUGUAGAGGUGCAGGUGGCACGCAUGAUAGUAGUGAUGGUGCUGGCCUUCCUGGUCACCUGGCUGCCAUAUGCUGCGCUUGCACUUGCUGUCAUGAUGGACUCCAGUCUAUAUGUUGACCCUGUCAUCGCUACCAUUCCUGUGUACUUUGCAAAAAGCAGCACUGUCUACAACCCCAUCAUAUACAUUUUCAUGAACAGACAGUUUCGAGGCUACACUGUUGCUGCGGUUCUGUGUGGAUGGGACCCCUGGUCCUCUGAGCCGCAAACAUCUGAGAACAAGACCACGGUUCCGUUUGUCAUCAAGACCCCCAAGAAAGUUGUGCCUAAAAAUCUUUGGAAUAGAAAUGUGUAG